UCCGUGACAUCCACAACGGCUCCUCUGCAACUAAAAACUCACAUGAAUCCUUCCCAUCACCUCACAUGGCAUCCAAAAGUCCCUCCUUUUUUCAUCCUUUCCCCUAUCUUUAUAAGAAAAGAUUCCACAACAUUGACACACCAAACCCCAUCCAACCAAUCCCCCAACCAAAAUGCAAGCUUGCCGACACUUCCUUCCCGGCGGCCGCCGUGUCCACCACAGCCGCUCUGCCACCAAACCAUACCCCAAAAACUCCGAACCAGAAACAGAACUUCAAAUCCCCUUCCCAACCAACCCCAACUCCUACGUCCUCCUCCACGCAAUCGGCCGCGGCGUCAGCGCCACAGUCUACAAAGCCGCUUGCCUCCCCCUCUCCUCCCUCCCCGUCGCCAUCAAAUCCAUCGACCUCGAACGCACCCCCGCCCAUGCCUGCGCGCUGGAGCAAGUCCGCAGGGAAGCCAAGGCCAUGUCUCUGCUCUCCCACUCCAACGUCCUCCGCGCCCACUGCUCGUUCGCGGCCGGGAAAUGUCUUUGGGUGGUCAUGCCGCUCAUGUCCGCGGGUUCGGUGCAGUCCAUAUUGGCGUCUGCGUUUCCCGGGGGAUUGCCGGAGCCGGCGGUGGCUUGCGUUUUGCGAGAUGUUUUGCGGGCGCUUUCGUAUCUGCACGGGCAGGGGAAUGUGCACCGGGAUGUGAAGGCUGGGAAUGUUCUUGUUGGGGGAGAUGGGAGCGUGAAGUUGGCGGAUUUUGGGGUUUCGGCGUCCAUUUAUGAUGGGGUUUCUUCUUCUUCAUCGGCGUCGUUUUCGAUGCUGAGGGAGAUGGCGGGGACGCCAUGCUGGAUGGCGCCGGAGGUCAUCCACUCCCACGUCGGCUACGGAAUAAAAGCUGAUAUAUGGUCCUUCGGAAUCACAGCCCUAGAGAUUGCUUACGGCCGACCUCCGCUUUCCCAUCUUCCGCCCUCCAAGUCCUUGCUCGCGCGGGUCACCAGCCGACUGUGGAUAAAUGAUGCUAAGAAAUUCUACAACGGGAAGAAGAAGCUUUCCAAGGCUUUCAGGGAGAUGGUGGCUCUCUGUCUUUCUCAGGACCCUUCCAGCCGUCCGUCGGCCGACAAGCUUCUCUGCCACCCCUUCUUCAAGAAAUGCAGAUCGCAGGACUACCUUGUCAAGACCGUUCUCCGAGCAGUGCCACCAUUAGAGGAGCGAUUCAACAUCAGCACAGAGAUCAACGACGACGGAGAUCUAACGCCGAAGAGCAGGCGCGUGAGCGGCUGGAACUUCGAGGAUGGCUUCGAGCGGCUUCCCGUUUUCACGAAAGAGUCAUUAGAACAUGAUGAAGAAAACCGGUUCGAAAAAUUGGUUGAAAGUUCCGAUCAACAGCGAGAAAUGCUCGCGAAUGUUGUGGAGAGCUGCGAUGGAGUAGUGGAGGAGAGGGAGAAGUGGAUGGUUGAGAUUGUGAAAUAUCUGAAGAAGACGGUGGAUGGAAUGAGCUUGGAACUGCAGAGGGAGAAGAGUAGGAAUAUAGAGCUGGAAGAGGAGAUUAGCAGGUUGGUGGUUGGAAAAAGAUGGGAGGAGGAAGAAGACAAGGAAUGAAAUGUGAAUGUUGCUUUUGGAUUGUAUUUGGAGUUGGUAAAGUUUAGUGCUUUUAAUUCGUUUCUGAUCAGAAGUUGUUUUGUUGCUGGAUGGCAUCAAUGUCUAGGCUAAAAUAGCUGACCCCACCCAGAAUUUGGAUUAGCUGAAUGUGCUCAUUCCGAUGAGGAACAGAAGGAACAACCAGCGAACCAAUAGCGGGGAAUGUACAGUCAAUCCGGGCAUCUUGGCCCUAUAGGUAGAAGGGGAAAAAUGAAAAUGAAAACUGGGGUGACACACUUAUUCGUGCAAACCUCGUAGCUUAAAACUAAUUGCACCAAUAUCACAGCUAGUGCUCAAACAGCUUUCUAUGGAUACCCGAGUAUGAUAGAUGUUGUGAAAUUGAUAGACUGUACUCCAAAGAUUUUUUAUGACAAGCUCCUCUUACUUAUUUGAUGUCAGAAUUCAAGAAGAUCAAAAUAAGCAAGAAAAGUUUUUCAC